AUGACAGACCAAAAGAUUCCAGAUACCUUCCUCCGGGGUCCAGCACCAAAUGCAACCCUCCACAAACUCGAUUUCGAGCACACAUCUCCACCGCUCCCCGAAUACAAAGGCCACUUCGCCGCUGUAGUGGACAACCUCUUGACCGAAGCCGAAUGCAAAGAGCUCGUCCGUUUAGCAGAAGAAUCAACAAGAACUCGACUCGCAGACUCAACCCUCUCGCCCCCCGCAUGGGAACAGGCGAUGACCAAUGCCGGCGGCGGCAAACAAGUAAUGUCCAUUGACACGCGGAAGAGCGGACGGGUCAUAUUUGAUUCGCCUGAUCUUGCAGAUAGAAUCCUGGACCGAAUGAUGCCUUUUAUGCGCGAAUGCGAACUCGACCGCGUCCAAGGCAAACCCCUGGUUACGGGUCUUGGGCCAGCGAAACGGGGUGAAGUGCUCCGUCUCAGUCGGUUGAAUGAGCGUCUUCGGUUCCUGCGUUAUGAGGGUGGUGAUUAUUUCCGCCAUCAUUGCGAUGCGUGUUUUGUUACGCCUGAUGGGCUGGAGAGGUCGCUUUUCACUUUGCAUUUGUAUUUGAAUGGGGAAGGGGAACAGGAUAUGGAGGAGUUGCAACCUCAUAUUGAGCGGGCGAAUAAGACGAAUUUGCUGUUUGCAAAGAAUUGGGAGCUUGGUUUUUCUGAAGUUGAGUCAGAGGAGGGUCAAGUUGGUGAUGGGAGUUGUCCUUCGGCUACGGAGUCUUUGGAGAAGAAUGAAACUCUUCUAGGUGGUGCAACCUCAUUUACGGCUGGGAUGAAGUGGAGGGAGGCGGUUCGGAUCUUUCCAAAGAUGGGCUCUGUUCUCAUAUUCCAGCAAAGGAACUUGUUUCAUGGUGGAGACGAUGUGUUUAGAGGUGUCAAGUACACCCUACGGACAGAUGUCAUGUAUACUACCGAGUAA